CCGGAAACUUAGAGCGGCAGGCUGGUCUCGGGUACUUUGGCCUGAGGCCGGGCGGACGGGCGGACGGGUAGGGAUGGGAGUGAACGCAGAGCCCCGGAGCCUCUCAGUCUCCGGGGCCGGGCUCACGUCCCCCAUGAUCGAGAAGGCGCGCUCGGCGCUGCUGCCGUCGCAGGAUGUAGAGGACACGGUGGAGACGCUCAUGUUACAUCCAGUGAUUAAGGCUUUCCUCUGUGGCUCCAUCAGUGGGACCUGCUCCACGCUCCUCUUCCAGCCUCUGGAUCUCCUCAAAACCCGCCUGCAGACCCUGCAGCCCUCAGACCCAGGGCCCAGGCGUGUUGGGAUGUUGGCUGUAUUCUUGAAGGUGGUUCGCACUGAAAGUCUUCUAGGCCUUUGGAAAGGGAUGUCUCCUUCCAUUGUGAGGUGUGUCCCUGGUGUAGGAAUCUACUUUGGCACUCUGUAUUCUUCGAAGCAGUAUUUCUUGCGAGGCCAUCCUCCCACCGCCCUGGAGUCCGUCAUCCUGGGUAUGGGCUCGCGCUCUGUGGCAGGAGUCUGCAUGUCACCCAUCACAGUGAUCAAGACACGCUACGAGAGUGGGACUUACAGCUAUGAGAGCAUCUAUGCAGCCCUGAGGAGCAUCUACUGCAGCGAGGGCCACCGUGGCCUCUUCAGGGGCCUGACAGCAACUCUCCUUCGUGAUGCCCCCUUCUCAGGGCUCUACCUCAUGUUUUACAGCCAGACCAGGACCACAGUGCUCCUCGGCACAGCCCGGCCAGAUGCUGUGCUGACGCCCCUUGUGAACUUCUCCUGUGGGCUCUUUGCUGGUGUGCUGGCUUCCCUGGUGACUCAGCCUGCAGACGUGAUCAAGACUCACAUGCAACUCUCCCCGGUGAAGUUUCAGUGGAUCGGCCAGGUGGCCGCUCUCAUCUUCAAGAACCAUGGGCUGCGUGGCUUCUUUCACGGCAGUGUUCCCCGGGCCCUCCGUAGAACGCUGAUGGCCGCCAUGGCGUGGACUGUCUAUGAGGAGAUGAUGGCCAGGAUGGGCCUGAAGUCCUGACGAGAGGGCUGGCUCCUGCUGUGGGCCGCUGCAGCCCACUCUCCUGGAGUCAGGUGAAGAGCAUGCUGUCUGAGGAGCCAGGCACAAGUGCAGUUGCCUUGAGUCCCGCAUUCAGAGAGAGCGCGGCUGGGUGGCUGGGCCACAGGCAUGGAGUCCCCAGUACCCACCGCUCUGUACACACUUGCCAUCAGUGCUGCACACGGGACAGAAGCCGAGCAUGGCUGAGAGGAGGCCUCUGGGGGUCGCUGGUUCAGCCACCUGCCUACUUUACAGGGCGCCUUAGAAAUGUUGGUAAUGAAGGAGCCCCACCAUAGAGGAGGUGUGGGCCUCCUGCUGUCUGAGGGCCGGACCCUCAUGCUAGGGAAGACUGCACCUGAGAGAGCUGCGGUGGGCCAGGGAGAUGCCUCAGCAAGGAAAGGUGCGUGACAGGCCUGCGGUGGAGAGAAUCGCUGCAAGUUGACCUGAUUUCCUCAUGCACUGUGGCAAGCACCCAGACCCAGUAAACAAAUGAAUGUAUUACUUUUUAAAAUAAAGACAUCAGCAGGGUGGAGACUGUGACAGAAACAAAACAGAACAAGAAAGCCAAGGUAGUUGUUUUGUUCCUAGGCCAGCCACCCCCUGUGGGCCCCGGAGCCGGGGCAGCCCUUCACAUAUUCUGUUGUAACCUAUGCUGCUCUCACACUCCAUAAUUAAAGUUCACAGGAACACA